AGGGCGCAAAGAACACACCCAGGGUACAACUCCAUUUAUAACUCCUCCACCUCCGCCAACUCCUCCAAGCACAACAACUGCACCAGGAACAACAACUGGACCAGUAACAACAACUGCACCAGGCACAACAACUGGACCAGUAACAACAACUGGACCAGGCACAACAACAGCACCAGGUACAACAACUGGACCUGAAACAACAACUGGACCAGGCACAACAACUGGACCAGGUACAACAACUGGACCAGUAACAACAACUGGACCAGUUUCAACAACUGGGCCAGGUACAACAACAGGACCAGUAACAACAACUGGACCAGGUACAACAACUGGACCAGGUACUACAAGCGGACCACAAACAACAACUGGACCAGAAACAACAACUGGACCAGGCACAACAACUGCACCAGGCACAACAACUGGACCAGGAACAACAACUGGACCAGGAACAACAACUGGACCAGUUACAACAACGGGACCAGUAACAACAACUGGACCAGGCACAACAACAGGACCAGGUACAACAACUGGGCCAGCAACAACAACAGGACCAGCUACAACAACUGGACAAGGCACAACAACUGGACCAGGCACAACAACUGGACCAGGCACAACAACUGGACAAGGCACAACUACUGGACCGGGUACCACAACUGGACCAAUAACCACAACUGCACCAGUUACUACAACUGCACCAGGUACAACAACUGCACCAGUUACAACAACUGGACCAGUUACAACAACUGGACCUGAAACAACAACUGGGCCAGGAACAACAACUGCACCAGGCACAACAACUGCACCAGGUACAACAACAGGACCAGUAACUACAACAGGACCAGGUACAACAACAGGACCAGGUACAACAACUGGACCAGUUACAACAACUGGACAAGGCACAACAACUGGUCCAGGUACAACAACUGGGCCACAAACGACAACUGGGCCAGGUACAACAACAGGACCAGUAACUACAACCGGACCAGGCACAACAACUGGACCAGGUACAACAACUGGACCAGUAACUACAACCGGACCAGGCACGACAAGUGGACCAGUUACAACAACAGGGCCAGUAACAACAACUGGACCUGGCACAACAACUGGACAAGGGACAACAACUGGACCAGGCACAACAACAGGACAAGGGACAACAACUGGACCAGGCACGACAAGUGGACCAGUUACAACAACUGGACAAGGAACUACAAGUGGACCACAAACAACAACUGGACAAGGCACAACAACCGCACCAGGCACAACAACUGCACCAGGUACAACAACUGCACCUGAAACAACAACUGGGCCAGGAACAACAACUGGACCAGGCACAACAACUGCACCAGGUACAACAACAGGACCAGUAACAACAACUGGACCAGGCACAACAACUGGACCAGGCACAACAAGUGGACCAGGUUCAACAACUGGACCAGUAACUACAACCGGACCAGGCACAACAAGUGGACCAGUUACAACAACUGGACCAGUAACAACAACUGGACAAGGCACAACAAGUGGACCAGUUACAACAACUGGACCAGGCACAACAAGUGGACCAGGUACAACAACUGGACCAGUUACAACAACUGGACCAGGUACUACAACUGGACCACAAACAACAACUGGACCAGGCACAACAACUGGACCAGUAACAACAACUGGACCAGUUACAACAACUGGACCAGGCACAACAACUGUUCCAGGAACAACAACUGGACCACAAACAACAACUGCACCAGGUACAACAACUGAACAAGGAACAACAACUGGUCCACAAACGACAACUGGACCAGUCACAACAACUGGACCACAAACUACAACUGGACCAGAAACAACGACAGGACCAGGCACAACAACUGGUCCACAAACUACAACUGGACCAGAAACAACGACAGGACCAGGCACAACAAGUGCACCAGAAACAACAACUGGACCAGGUACAACAACUGCACCACUUACAACAAGUGCACCAGAAACAACAAGUGCGCCAGGUACAACAACAGGACCGCAAACAACAACGGCACCAGGUA